AUGAAAGAGAGAGGCAAAGCUGUGGAAACAGCUCACGACAAUAUCGACAUGGAGUACUACUCUUCGUCCGAAAUGCCGUGUCGAAGACACCCAAAUUCGUCUUCCGUGGGGAUAUGCGCAUUCUGUCUAAAAGAUCGUCUACUCCAGCUGGUCUGCUCCGACUGUGGCGAGCAGCGCCUCUCCUCCUGCUCCUGCUCCGCCGUCUCGUCAAACCGCAACUCCACCGUGGAGGUCGGCAGCGUCGGCAGAGUCUCGUUUCUGAUCGAGAACGAAAAGCACGAGUCUUUACAAAAACCCAACAAAACCCAAGAGAAAGAAGACGUCGUGGUGCUCCGGAGAAGCAGCAGCAGCUGCGUCGAGAUCAAGAAAAGUAAUUUUUGGAGAUUUGGGAGGUUUUUUCGGAAGAAGAGAUCGGAAAAAGAUGGUGGGAAUACGAGUGUUGGUGGGUUUGAUGAGAAAAGUGAGAUGUGGCUGGUGGAUCAUAUGGGGGUGUCGAGAUCAAGGUCUCUCUGCAGUUUCAGAGGUGGGGCACUCUUAGGAUCGGAGGACGGCGGGGAACAUUUGAUGGUUUCCGCCGCCAGGAGCUCCAUUUCUGCUGCGAGAAGCUCCAGCGUUACUACUGCCGGAAUGGUUCUGGAUUCUGGAAGAAAGAGUGGAUUUAGUGAAGGGAGAAAGAGUGGAUUUAGUGAAGGGAGAAAGAGUGGAUUUAGUGAAGGUAGAAAAAGUGGGUUUAGUGAGGGGAGAAAGAGUGGAUUCAGUGAAGGGAGAAGGAGCGGAUUUAGUGAAGCGGAGCCGAGAAAAAGCGGUUUCGAUGGUGAGAAGAAAGAUGAAGUUGUAGGGUUUACCGGGGCAACGAAACGCGUUUUUUCGCUGAAGGAGAGUGAUUUCGGCAUGGAUGAAUCGGGGUUUAUCGAUUUGAAGCUCGAUUACGCGGCGGAUUCGAAGCCGGAGUUUUCUGGCAUGAGGAUGAGGAGCAUUGCAGAUGGAGAGACUGUUUUUGGGAGCAUGAGAAGGAGUGAGUUUGUGGGAGGUGAAUGUGAUGAGGGAUCAUUUGGUAUUUACAGGCAUGGUGGUUCUUGUAGAUUGACAGUGGAUGAGAGGGGGAUAAAGAGGGGGAGGAAAAGUUUGAAGGGAUGGAGGUGGAUUUUCAGGCAUCAUCCAAGCUGGGGAAGUAGUAGGAAGAAAGAUGAAGAUUUAAUGUUCAAAACUUAA